UUCGUCAUCUACUACAACACUUUCUUGCCUUCUCAACGUUCUCAUCGAGGAGCUUUGCUCGGGUCCUUUGGACCUUUCUUUCGUCUCUCAUUAUAGCGAGUUCAUUCUAGAUUCGGAAAGGUCUCUUUUUCAUCAUGUAUUCCAAUUCCAAUUCCUUUAUGGGCGGCAACACACUGCGCCCAGGUCCUCAGCAGUAUGGUAACUCGUACGGCAUGGGGGCUGGUGGUCCAGGUCAGCAGCAGCCUCAACAGCAGCCAGGCCAGCAACCGAGCCCAUUCGCACCGCAGCCGACAGGAUAUGGGCAGGCUCCCUUAACUCAGCAAUACACCGGUUUCCCUGGUGCCCAAGGCUUACAACCACAGCAAACGGGAAUGCCACAACAACAAUCCCCCUUAGUUGUGAACCUUCAACAGCCUCAAUACACCGGUUAUCCCGGCCAAGCUCAACAACAAAGCUUCCAAACAGGCGCUCCACCAGUGCCACAAAUACCUUCGCAAUUCCAGAGCCAGUUCACCCAGCAGCAGCAGCAGCAACAGCCGCAGAACUCGUUCUCCUCGCCUUCGACGCAAGCUCCUCCUCAAGCGACCGCGCCUGCUUCUGCGAUCAAGCCUCAACCUACAGGAUUUAGUGCGAUGGCUGCUUCUUUUAAAACGGGUGGUGCCUCCGAUACGCAACAGAAGGGUCGAAGAAUCCAGAAGGCUGCAAAUAAAAUCCCGAAUAUCAGACUAUCGUUUAUCACGGCUCAAGACCAAGCCAAAUUCGAGACACUAUUCACGUCAGCCGUAGGUGAUGGUCAGACAACGAUGUCUGGGGAGAAGGCUCGAGAUUUAUUAUUGAGAUCCAGAUUAGACGGAGAUGCUUUGUCUCACAUUUGGACUCUCGCGGACACCACACGAUCGGGUGAACUUCACUUCCCAGAAUUCGCGUUGGCUAUGUACCUCUGCAACUUGAAACUUGUGGGAAAGACUCUCCCUGGAAGUCUGCCAGAAAAUAUUAAGAAUGAAGUCUCAAGUAUGGUUGAUAUAAUCAAUUUCAGUAUAGUAGAGGAAGCGGGCAACCCCACGGCUGCGACCAAUGCCCCCGAUUUCACUAGACAGAACACUGCGACCCCACCGACGAUACAACAUCCUCAGCCUAUCGCGUCCAACUCCCAGCUUCUUCAAACGCAGAUGACAGGAUUCCCGAGCCAGCCGACCGGUUUCCAAGGGUUACAGCCUCAAGCGACUGGGUUCCCAGGAGGGUUAAACAACCCACAAGCGACUGGAUAUAAUGGACCCAGACCACCGAUCCCACCGAUCCCUACAGGUUUCCCUGGUGGUCUUUCCCCCGCGAGCGCGGCUCCUCUUAACGCGCAGCCGACCGGAAGGCCCGGUCAAUGGGGGCUUGUCAACGCACCCGCGUCUGGGCUUCCCAAUAUCGACGCACUACAAGCUCGAAUGAUGCCUCAGGCAGGUCGAGAGCAGCAGGAUUAUACCACUGCCGGUCUAUCUGGAAAUGCGGUAAUUCCUUGGGCCAUCACCAAGGACGAGAAGACACGGUACGAUCAAUUGUUCCGGGCAUGGGAUGGCUUGGGCAAGGGUUUCAUCGGUGGUGACCAGGCGAUCGAAAUUUUCGGACAGAGCGGUCUCGAGAAACCUGAUUUAGAACGAAUUUGGACGCUCGCAGACAAUGGCAACAAGGGUAAACUCAAUCUUGAUGAGUUUGCUGUGGCCAUGCAUCUCAUCUACAGGAAGUUGAAUGGCUAUCCUGUUCCUAAUGUUUUGCCUCCUGAACUUGUCCCCCCUUCGACGCGCAACUUUACUGAAUCACUGGGCACCAUUAAGUCGAUGUUGAAUCAAGAGUCCGAUUUCCGCAAGACGUCAGGAGCCUCUUUACUCCCCCAGAAGACUGGUGUUAGCUACCUAAAGAGUCAUUCCUUCAAGGGCACCGCCGGCGGGCGGAAAGACGCGACCGUAUUUAAGAACAACGACGAUGAUGUCGGGUACAGGUCGAGUGCACGACGCAGAAUUGGCAAUUCCUCACCUCGUCCCGAGUCACCUUCAUCCGUAACAUCUAAUGAUGAGAUAUCCCUCGACCAAUUAAGGAAGAAGAUUCGGGAGAAACAAGUACUCCUUGAUGCUAUGGACUUCAAGGAUGAAGCUGCUGCUGAGGAAGAUGACAUUCUUGAUAGGCGCGAUCGUCGCGAGGCUGAAGAACUGUAUCGCCGCAUUAGACGUAUACAAGAUGACAUUGAUGCCCAUCCCGAUGCGGCUCUAGUUAGCGGUGAUUCCGAUGCCGAAAGAAGAGCUCUUAAGCGCCAACUACAAAACCUCACUGACAAAAUUCCCGAAUUAGCCUCCCAAGUCAGGAAGACUGAAAAGGCAAUUGCCGAUGCCAAGCUCGAACUUUUCCGACUCAGAGAUGCGAAAGCUCAUCCCGGAAGUGCCUCUAACAUCAUUGGCACUGGACCAGGCGGCUCGAUCACUGAGUCAGACCGCCUCAAGGCUAGAGCCAAAGCUAUGAUGCAGCAGAGGACUGCAGCCCUCACUGGUAAGAAAAUAGAUCUCGGCGACGACGACGGGGACGCACAAAAGCGGUUGGAAGAGGAAAAUCUCAAAAUCCGGACAGAAAAAGAAAACAACGAGCGUAUGGUCCGAGACGUAGAAGACAGCGUCCGAGAAUUCUCACGAGGCAUCGAAGAUAACCUCAAGGAAGGUGGACAAACUUCUGCUAAUGAGCAUGAGAAAAGGCGAUGGGAAGAUGCUCUAGGUGUCGAAGAUGAGGUCCGAGAUUUCAUUUUUGACUUGCAGCGUUCCAGCCGAGCGGCCCGAGUUAGAGCCCAGGACCGCAAGGGUGGACGAGCUGCUACUGCAGAACCCGUCAGAGCCGAAGUACCACCAGCUCGAUUGGACAGUCCCUCUUCAACAACUCGCACCGCCACCCCUCCAAUUUCUCGCUCGCCCGCGCCCAGCGGCGGGUCUUAUUCAUCUUAUAAAACUCCCGAAGAAAGAGCCGCAUUCAUUAAGCAACAGGCAGAGCAGCGCAUGGCCGAAAGGCUUGCUGCUCUUGGCAUUAAGUCGGCUUCAAAACCCGGAGAAUCUCCCGCCCAGCGAAUGGAGCGCGAGAGAGCAGAAAAGGCCGCGAAGCUUCGACAAGCAGAAGAGGAGGAUGCGCGACGUGAAGCCGAGCGACAAGCUAGAAUCGCUGAAGAGCAAGGUGUGCCUCCUCCCGUGACCAAACCGGAACCCAAGGAAACCAAGAGGCCACCCCCGCCUCCCGCAAGGAAAGGUGCGAAGAACGAAGACGCUGCGAGGAAGGCCGAGGAAGGAGAGUCUUCUAGGAGAGCUCAGGAAGAAACAGCCAGAAAAGCCGAGGAGGAACGUCUAGCUAGAGAACAUGAAGAGCAACAACGGGCCACCCAACAAUUAGAGGAUGAGGCUAGACAAAAGGAAGACGAGCUUGCAAAGGAGCGAGAAGCUGCUUCUGCUCGCCUCAAGGCUCUAGAAGAGCAAGUCCGUCAAGGCAAACUCAAGAAAGAGGAAGAAAAGAAGAGAAAGAAGGCUGCAACGGCUGAAGCAAAGGAGAAAGAAGCUAAAUUGGCUGCUCAACGUGCCGAGAUCGAAGCCGCUCGCCAACGAGAACUCGAGCUUCAGCGACAACUUGCAGCGAUGGAAGAAGAGGAUUCGUCUUCCGACGACGACGAAGGUCCGCAACAGAUUACUCCUCAAGCAUCUACCCCCACUCUCGGUAGCAGCCAGUUGGGCAGCCAGGAAUUGGAGCGUAAAGCUACACCACCUCCCGCUCCUGCUCCGCCCGUACUAUCUCCCCCUUCAGUGACUAGCCCUCCAUCUGAAACGGAGAGCCGCAACCCUUACCGCCGAAUGCUAUCUCAGUCGUCCGAGUCCCCAUCAGCACCCCCAGCUCCCGCCCCGGUCGCCACUACUCCUGCUCCCCCCCCGCCGCCCCCGCCCCAGCCAGAAGUCUCAACAAAUCCCUUCUUCCGUAUAACUCAGGAAGCGAAGGCAGCACCGCCGCCGUCUCGAAAGCGACCUGACACGGAUGAUGAAUGGGGUUCCGGAAACGAGGAAGAUGAUGAAGACUCGGAAGAUGAACGCCCUGCCGCUGGGGCUGCUCAAUUAGCAUCACUUCUCUUCGGUUCCAUGGGUCCUCCUCGACCACUUUCAGCCACGGGCGAUAAGUCUACGGGCGCCUCGCCAUCUAUAGCGUCCCCGCCGUUUAGCCCGCCUCCGAUUGGCGGGUCGUCUGGUGGAGAUACGCUGUCGCCCGUUGCACCCCCACCACCCCCACCUAUGCCAGAAGCUACUUCAGGUGCUCCCCCGCCGCCUCCCGGUCCCGGUGCUCCUCCCCCUCCCCCACCGCCAAUUCCGGGCUUAGCUCCCCCUCCUCCGCCUCCUCCACCAGCGGGUGGCUUACCGAGCACUCCAUCCAGUGGUGGAAGGCCAUCUGGAUUCUUGAGCGAAGUUCGUAUGGGCAAGCCGUUGAAGAAGACACAAACCAAGGACAGGAGUGGCGCCGGCCUUGCAGGACGAGUCUUGGAUUAAGGUGACAAUCAGAACGACAAGCCAUCGUCGAAGGGACCCAAUGGCAUUGUAAACUGGAACGUGUGCUCUAUUAUCAAAAAGUGUUGGAUUGAUCAGAUUGUAUGAAUGAGUGUUACUUUACAUAUAAUGGUGUCUUUCCGCUAGUUUCUCGGCUUUGGCUUAAAAGGACAAGUAGAUUUGCUAGCGGGUAUCGUUAGAUAUAGGCAUUGUUUUCCCUCAUAUUUGAUGAUUAAUAUUAUACCUUUUAUUUCUAG